AUGAUAAUUUACAAGGAUGUUAUCACAGGUGAUGAACUCCUGUCAGACUCUUUUAAUGUGAAAGAAAUCAACGGAAUUGUUUAUGAAUGUGACUGCGCAAUGAUCAAACUGGGCUCUGUCACAGUCGACACUGGGGCCAAUGCUUCUGCUGAGGAACCUGAAGACGAGGUCGAAGAUUCUUCAGAGUUAGUCAACAAUAUUGUGAGCAGUUUCCGCCUACAACAAACCUCAUUUGAUAAAAAAAGUUACUUAUCGCACUUGAAAGGAUACAUGAAAGCUGUUGAGGCACACUUAAAAGCUAAAAACGUAGAAGAUUCCGUCAUAACAGAAUUCAAGAGCAAAGCAAAAGAUCAAGCAACGAAGAUUGUUCAAAAUUUCAAAGAUUAUGACUUUUACAUGGGCGAAAGUGGUGAUAUCGAUGGAAUGGCUAUAUUGAUGAACUACCGAGAAGAUGGAACUACUCCUUACAUCACACUAUGGAAGCAUGGUCUAUUGGAAGAAAAAGUCUAG